CAUAUUGAUAUUAUUGUAAUUAUCAUUUUUACUUUAGGAAAGGCUAAGUCCUAAUUUCAGUUUAUGAGAUGCUUUGAUUUUAGACGAAUUUCUCCAUUUUCUGCACUUUCUUUCUUUGCUCUUCUUAUGAAAUAUGCAUAUUUGGUUUAACUGUUGUAAAUAUAGUCAUGCUUAUGGUUCAGGUUAUGAUGUCAUUGACUUUUUUUUAAGUUUAAUUUUGCUCAAGUUGAAUUUGCUUUAAUUCCUUUUCCUAGAUUCAUUUUCUUUUCAAUUUCUUCUUUUUUGGUCUUUUCUUUUUGUUGAUGGUGUUAAAAUCAUUUGCAGGGAAACCGGAGGCGCCAAAGCGUAGGAAGCUCUUGAUUCCACAUCCAAUUUUUAUUAGUGAGGAGAUGUAAUAUAAAGAGAGUUCUAUUGAUUGUAGAAUAGUUAUUGCAAAAUGGAGUCCAAACAUCAGACACCAAGUGUAAUUUUAAAAUUGAUGGGACUUGGUAAUGUUUAUGUGCCUCCUCAACAUGCUGUUAGACUUAAACAGAAAGUUCUCUCUGAGAAUUACCUACAGAAAGUUGCUUCUAUUGGUCUCAGAAAGCGGCGUUCGUCUCACCAGCAUCAUUCCUCUAGAAUGAGUACUGAUGAAAAGGAAGAAUCCGAUUAUGUUUUGAAAGUAGUCAAAACAAUAAAGAGAGACAAGGACCAUAAUCCAUCAAAGGGAUAUGGCAAAGAGAACCCAUAUUUGUCAGGUAUAAAGCUAAAAAGUGUAAAUUCAGCAAUGCGACUGCAACAGAAAAUGAAUAAUGAGCUUCAAAAUGAUGUGCCUGGAGAAACUGGAUUAUAUGAAGCAUUCAGGCCUUCAAAACCUCAAUUGAACCUGAAGGAUGAUGACACUUUCAACUCAAGAAUCUCUGAAGCCGAGAAUAAAACUUUGGAACUGAAGGUUCUGACUGAGAAAUUGCUAGAAGUUCAAGAGCAUGGUUAUUUGUGUCGUCAAAGUGGUUUUUGCAAUGAUAAAGUUAAAAGGAACAUUAGAAGUAAGGUUGGUGCGAAUUAUAACUUUGCCAGAAAAGUGCCAAUGGAUCUUUGUGAAGCUUCUGUUGUUGGUGAUAAUUGUGGAACUGUGACUAAGGAUUACUUGUUUCAGAAAUAUUGGGGUUUGAGGAAGAAUGCAUCUGUGAAUUGGUCAACCCGGAAGCUAAAGAACCAAAAUAUUAAUCAGAAAGAUUGUUCAGAAGAUAUGAACCCCAGGUCCAGCAGUGCGAAUUCCCCUUCUUUUUCCUCUGAUUUCAGUUGUAAUCGUACUGAAGAGAAUUGUAUUGUUAUGCAUAAGUUGAAGAAUAGAUGUUGCAGGAGUGAUUGGUUCCAUAAGGAUCCUAUGCUUCUUCAAUUUUCUAAGCUGAUCAAAGAAAGGGAGAACGAUAAACACGAAAACAGUAAUAUGUCUAAGCAAAUUGCUGCAUCUCCUGAUUCAUCAGUUGAUUGCUUGGUGUCUGGUGCAAAGACUAAGGUUGUUGUCCGGUCACAUAAUAAUCGUACCAAGCAGCAAUCUGAAUCAACAGCAUCCAUUUUGUCACAUCAAGACAAUGAUGCUUGGAGUCAUACUUCUAAUGCUUCAACGCAACAGGAUACAUCAGAGCUUCAAGAAGAUUCUGUUUAUUCACUUUUCUCUGGGGCUGACAAAGAUUCCCUUGGUAGCUUCAAGGAGGCAUACAAACCUAGUCCAAUUUCAGUUUUGGAUCCCUCAUUCAGUGAAGGCAAUUCAUUCACCUCUGAAUGUGUUGCUGGUUUAUGUGAUUCCUCUGAAGUGGAUGAUGAAGGCCUUAGUUUGAAUGUUUCAAGUGAUGAAGAGUGUGAGAAUGAAUCUGUAGGAAACUUUGGAGCACAGAAAGAUAUAGUAGGAUUAUCUAGAACUGAAGAAAGUAGGGAUUUCUCCUAUGUUGUUGAGGUCUUAACCGAGGCAGAUACAUCUAAUAGGAAGUUGUUCACAGACUUCUCUACAUGGCACUCUGUAGAAUGCCCUAUUAGCCCUUCUGUUUUCGAAAUUCUGGAAAAGAAAUUCGGCGAGCAGCAACUCUGGAAAAGAUCCGAAAGGCGGCUUCUCUUCGAUCGCAUCAAUCUUGGGCUGUUAGAGAUUCUGCAGCCAUGUUUAUAUCUCCCAAUGUGGGAAAAGCCUGUGUCAAGAAGGUUGAAUGCUGAACCAAGCCAGGACAUGAUCCAGGAGGAGAUGUGGGGGUUGCUUGUUGCUGAAGAAAAGAAAGCCGGUAUGGGGUCGGUUGACGAUAUGCUUGGAGGGGAAAUCAGGUGGAUAGAACUAGGUGAAGAUGUUGAAGAUAUUGUUAAGGAAAUAGUUAAGUUGUUAAUAGAGGAGCUAGUUAGCUUGGAGAAUUUUGAAAACUCUAGUUUUGUGUGAGGCCAUGCCAUCUUUAUACAAGCAUUUCAUGCAUAGCUUGAUUUGGAGAGGUUGAAGUUUUUGAAUUAGGAUAUAGGUUCAUUAUAUUCAUUCAUGUUGAGCUCUGAAAGGUUGAAGUGUUUGAAUUAGGAUAUAGGUAUAGAUUCGUUAUUCAUUCAUGUUGAGCUUCAUGUAUUUCAUUUGUAUAAAAAAAAGAAAAAAGGAAAGUGCUUGUUGGUU